CUUUCUGUUGUCACACUGGACGAAAAUGGCUGCUGCUGUGAGGGUUUGAAUGGUCGCUCUAUGGAGGUGACGGUGUGGGGCUAAGGACAGCUGCAAACGGUCACUCACCCAGCUACCGGUGGCAGACAACGAUGAAACAAGUUUUGGAAUAUGCAUUGGAUCGGGCUGAGUACAUUGUUGAAAGUGCUCGUCAACAGCCAGCCAAGAGGAGAGCGUUGUCCGGAGGGAGGAAGAGUCUAUAUCAGAAACUAUAUGAGCUCUACAUCGAAGAGUGUGACAAAGAACCAGAGCUCAAGAAGCUGCGUAGGAAUGUCAACCUGCUGGAGAAGCUGGUGUCUCAGGAGUCAGUGUCUUGUCUGGUGGUCAACCUUUACCCCGGCAACAAGGGUUACUCCCUCAUGCUCCUCGGCAAGAAUGGAUCUGACUCUGAGACGAUCCGUCUGCCGUAUGAGGAAGGACAGCUGUUGGAGUACCUGGACGCCGAGGAGCUUCCUCCAAUCCUGGUGGAUCUCUUAGAGAAGUCCCAGGUGAACAUCUUCCACUGUGGCUGUGUGGUAGCUGAGGUUCGAGACUACAGACAGUCUGGCAACACUAAGAUGCCCUCCUUCCAGUGCAGACACGUCCUGCUACGACCCACCAUGCAGACACUGAUCUGUGACGUCCAUGCCAUGACCAGUGACCACCACAAAUGGACACAGGACGAUAAGUUCCAGUUGGAGAGCCAGUUACUGCUGGCCACAGCUGAUCCUCUGUGUCUGGAUCAUU